GAUUGAAGAUCGAGCGCUCGCUGGUACACGCGAUUCACCAGUCGAUCCUUCCGUUCAUUCGUUGUAUUCGCGCGGGCGCGCGCGACGGGACCGAACCAACCGCCGCAAUAUAUCAAUUAAAUUUUUCGAGCCUUUACAACUUUAUAGUCACUGACUUAUUGGCACUCAUUUGCCUUUUAUACCUACCGUUCUCACAGAGUUUAUUCCAAAAUACACACUUUUUUCUCUUUUUCUACGUCGUCGCGUCAUCUCAUCAGUUUCUUACUCCUCUGCUACCUCGCAAACGCCGUAGCCGUUUUUAGUUUUGUGGAAGCAGGGCGCACAGCGACAAGGAAAAAAAGACCUACGACAAGGAGAAUAAUCAUGGGCGGUAUGAGCCAACGAGCGUGGACCCCGACCAAGAGAAGAGGUCCGAUCGCCGCGGAAUACAGCAGCCCAGGACCGGCGUGCGUCACCCUGCCGCCACUCAUAGGAAAAACCGUUCCGGAUUCCAAACGAGAACGAGCUCCAGCGUUUUCUUUCGGGAGCAGACAUUCCAACAAGAACGAGAGCCCGGGUCCGGGACCGGGCCAAUACAACGUUUCGGGGCUGUGCGCGAAAGGAAAGGACAGAGCUCUCGCUCUCUCGCUUCACGGCCGUACAAAACCAGGAAAAUCGGAAUUAACCCCGGCACCGGGCGACUACGAUCCCCAAAAAGCUGAGAAAAUAAUCCAGGACAGUUCACCGAAGUAUUCUUUCGGCAUAAAACCUCAUGCCGAGAAACAAAGCACAACUCCGGGAGCGCGCGCGCAAAGAUAUUGUGCGGAGACUGGAUGCGGACCUCGACGAAGAGCGCCAUGCACAAUCAGCGGCAGGACUGGGAUGAGCGCGCUCAUUAAUUUCAAGUCUUCUUCCGCCGCCCCUGGAAGUUAUAGCCCCGAGAAGCUCGAGCUCGACGGAGCCCCGCGAUACACUUUCGGGCGAAAAACAGUUCGCGACAGGAUCGAUCACACCCCCGCACCGGGCACCUACUCUCCCGAAAGAACGAAUCAGCACAAAAUGCCACGAUAUUCAUUUGGUACGAGCUGGGCUCGUCUUGACCAUAAAUCGGAGGACACUCCCGCACCCGGUACUUAUUCUCCCGAGCGAGUCAAUCUUCGCAAGGGUCCUGAAUACAGUCUUUACGGGAGAGCUCCGGAGGCAAGAAGAGCCAACGAUAAUCCAGCUCCGGGUACGUACAGCCCUGAAAAAGCUAAUAGCCUUAACCGCGGUCCGGAAUACAGCUUUUACGGUAAAGCUCCGGAUAUGAGGCUCAACGAUAAUCCGGCACCGGGUACGUAUAGCCCCGAAAAAACGAAUCUCCAUCGGGGCCCCGAAUUCAGCCUAUACGGUAAAGCUCCCGAAGUUAGACCGAACGAUAAUCCAGCUCCGGGGGCGUAUAGCCCUGAAAAAACGAAUCUCCAUCGGGGCCCCGAAUUCAGCCUGUAUGGUAAAGCUACGGAAGUGAGACCGAACGAUAAUCCGGCUCCGGGGGCUUACAGCCCUGAAAAAACGAAUCUUCAUCGAGGUCCGGAAUUCAGCAUGUCCGGUAAGGGCUCGGAAGUGAGGCCAAACGAUAAUCCGGCUCCGGGGGCGUACAGCCCUGAAAAAACGAAUCUUCAUCGUGGUCCGGAAUUCAGCAUGCCCGGUAAAGCUCCGGAAGUGAAGCCAAACGAUAAUCCGGCUCCGGGGGCGUACAGCCCGGAAAAAACGAAUCUCCAUCGAGGUCCGGAAUUCAGCCUGUAUGGGAAAACAUCGGGAGAUAAACCGAACGAGAAUCCUGGACCCGGAGCAUACAGUCCGGAAAAGGCAAAUUGUCGUCACGAGGGUCCGGCAUAUAGCCUCUAUGGGAAAGCUCCGGAUACGAGGAUCAACGAUAAUCCAGGACCGGGACGCUACUAUCCCGAGAAAGUAGAAAAUCUGGAGCAUAAACCUUAUUACAGCUUUGGUAGUAGAACUCGAUUGGUAAAACCUAGCGAUACUCCAGCACCAGGCGCAUAUUCUCCCGAGAGAACAAACAUCACGACGAUGAGCCAAGGACCGAGAUACACUUUUGGAACGAGAACCGCUUUUCACAAACCAAACGAGACUCCAGCAGCACCGGGAGUUUAUAGUCCGGAAAGAAGCAACGAUUUUCUCAACAAAGGGCCCGCGUUUAGCCUCGGUGCGAAAGCAACCGAAGGAAAAUUGAGCCCGAGUCCAGGACCGGGAGUAUACAGCCCGGAGAAAGCGUUAGCGAUUUGGCAGAAUGCAAUGCGGUUCACCUUUGGCUCAAGGCUAUCUUCCGAGCGGCGGGGCAACGACGAUUUACCGGCGCCGAACGUUUAUACGAUUCCAUCGGUUCUGUGCGGAACGAAAGAGGGAAACAAGAAGACAGCACCGGCGUAUUCAAUUUCGGGCAGGCAAAAAGUAUUGACGGACGACAGAACGCUUGUACCUGGACCGGGAACCUACGAAGCCAUUAGAACAGACAUCCUCAGAGCGAAAAGCGCGUCUUACAGCAUGAGCGCGAGAUUCUCACUGCCCAACGAUCACGCCAAGAUUCCUGGCCCCGGAGCUCAUUGUCCCGAAAAGGUUCUCUUGGAUAUACCACCGGCUCACACUUUUGGAAUCAGGCACUCUCCCUACAUCUGCAAUCUCCGAGAUACCGUUUACUGAUAGCCGAUGCGUCGUGAGAGCGACCCUCAACGGAUCCUCGUUAUCUCAUUUUUUCGACUCGUUCAAUCCCAUUAUGCAUAAACCGCUGUUGGUUGGUCGUCUAACGUCGAUAUAACCCCCCGAGAUAGUUAACAAAAUAUGAGAAUUUUAUUUGCACGUUUUGAGAACGUAACAAUAUAAUAAUAAUAAUAAUAAUAAUAAUAAACAUGUAUGGAUAUUGAAAAA